UAGAAAGUUGCGUGCUAGUCUCUGUAGUUACUUGCCUUGUUGUGAUCAAAAAACGUUUAGUGAAGUGUGCUCGCGGGUUUAGUGGCCGCGACAAAUGAUCGACCUCGGAUUCGUGACAUCAUCUCACCGAUGGCUCGCAUUCCAAAGCUUACAUUUUAGUGUUUCAUUGAAGCGCGACAUAUCGUUCAUGUAAAUUUCCUACGUAAUUCCGCGUUGUGCAUAUUAUCUUAAUUCUUACUACGCUGAACGUACACUUGACCUUGGUCCAGUGGCGGCGGAUGCUCCCACCCAAUCAGAGAGACUAAAUACACAUGUCAGCAUCCCGUAAUAAAAAAAAUAAGGCCGGCGGUUUCCGAAUACUAUGGAUACCGGGUCGUAAGAAACAUGGCCAUAAAGGCCGCUAUGAUGCAACGAAUAAACAAAUCCAAUACUCGGGCGGCACUUUGGGCCACAAAAACAAUGCGCCCUGGUCACUGGGAGGAAAUAAAGGUCUAGAAAAAUUAAUCGAUUCAGAUAUACCGGGAGGCUCAGAAGGCACGUCACGGGUAAUUAAUGCGUUGCCCACAACGUAUACGAUUGCUGCGACAGCAUCAACUACAGUCAUGAAACUUGAUGAUACUAAUCAGUUCUCGAUACUGGACGAAAGAGAGAAGCAAGAUGAAGCAGAUUUUGUAAGGUCUAACGAUAUAAACUCAGCGAAGUAUAAUAACUGCGACGCUCCUCAAAGUCCAGAUAAUUCCCAAGAGAAAAACGCAGAUAAAAAAGAUAGAAAUGACCGCGAAGAAAAGUUUGAACCACCCGAAAAAAAGGAAAACCAUCAUAAAAAAUCAAAGGACAACAUCAACUCUAUAGAAAGCCUGCAAGAGAAGAAGCUCAAAGAUUCUACAUUCGAUAUUGCGGAUAGUAGUCUAUACGUAAAUAAGUACAAUGGCAAGAAAAAGAAUAAAAAGAAAAAGAAAAAAAGCAAAGAUGGACCGGAUAAUGACGAAGACGAUCCUGAUGAGAAUAUUGUAAAAUGCCUUUAUUUUACAUUAAUGUGUUGUGAAUGCACGAUUUCUUAAGAACUGCCAAAACAAUGCCAAUGCUGUGCAUGGAGGUCUUUUUCCACAACGAGAUCGCAUUUGGUAGGAGAGACAUCAGCAUGAAUUCCAUUAUUUUAAGCAAAUAUAUAGAUCCGAGAAAAGA